CAAGACGGUGUAACAACAGUGACUUGUAGAGCUAACGAUACUAGCCUAAAUGAAGGGUCCUGUGCGUUUUUCAUCAACGUUACUGACAACGAAGCUCCGAAUGUCACGUGUCCAACUGAUAAUACUACCAAUGUGGAUGCUUCAUUGGCUGGUGCCUAUGUGAUUUGGUCAGUUUCACCGAAUGCCACUGAUGUUGUUGAUGCUACAGUUAAUGCUGACAGCGUUGUUUGUGAAGAUCAUCUUGGCAACGUUGUGACUUCUGGUGAAUUUUUCCAAGACGGUCUAACAACAGUGACUUGUAGAGCUAACGAUACUAACCUAAAUGAAGGGUCCUGUGCGUUUUUCAUCAACGUUACCGACAGUGAACCUCCUACUGUCUACUGCCCAAGUAGCGUCCUCAUGAGAAAUGUGGAUCCUUCAAUGGCAGUAGCUAAUGUGAUUUGGUUGCCCUUACCCUCUGCCAAUGAUACUGUCGAAGGUCCCAUUGAUUUUACUAAUAUCAUAUGUUGGGACCACCUUGGCAGCAUAGUGACGUCAGGAGAUGGAUUUCCAGUUGGCUUGACCACAGUGACCUGCAGAGCCAAUGAUACUGUGCCCAAUGAAGGAUCAUGUGAUUUUAACAUCACCAUUAUAGACAGCGAAGCUCCAUUUGUCUACUGUCCGGCUGAUAUCCCAUUGAUAUAUGUGGACCAAGGAAUGGCGAACGCUAGUGUGACUUGGAUACCACUGCCAACAGCCAAUGAUACUGUUGAUGGUCCCAUUAAUGCAACCAGUAUUGUAUGUUCUGACGAUCUUGGCAAUGUAGUGGAGUCAGGUGACAGAUUUCAAGUGCGCUUAACGACGGUGACUUGCAGAGUGAAUGAUUCCGCAUCUCUAGAAGGAAUGUGCCAGUUUAACAUCACAGUUGAAGAUAAUGAACCUCCGACUGUCAGCUGCCCUGACCACAUUGUUGAUCUCUCAGAUCUUGGAAUGCCGGGAGCUUUAAUCCCAUGGAUCCCACUGCCAACAGCCUCUGACAAUCUCGAUGUCAUUAAUCAGGCAUCUAUCGUCUGCACAGACGAUUCAGGCACGGUUGUGAUGUCAGGCAACUUGUUUGGAGUUGGCUUGACAACAGUGACCUGCCGAGCGAAUGACACAGCGUUAAACGAAGGCUCCUGCAACUUCACCAUUGCAGUUUCUGACAAUGAAUCUCCAAAUGUUACCUGUCCGAUGAAUGUUAGCGCAGUAGUGGAUUCUGGAAAAGCAGUUGCCACUAUCCUUUGGGUACCAACCCCAUCGGCCGUUGAUAACGUUGAUACCAUCGACCCUGCAAGUAUCAUUUGUGUGGACAACUCUGGGAGUAUCGUGACGUCUGGUGGCCAGUACCCAGCAAACUUAACAACAGUAACAUGCCAAGUAAAUGACACUCAACAAAAUGAAGGAUCCUGCAGUUUCACCAUCGCAGUUUCUGACAAUGAAUCUCCAAAUGUUACCUGUCCGAUGAAUGUUAGCGCAGUAGUGGAUUCUGGAUCAGCAGUUGGCACUAUCCUUUGGGUACCAACCCCAUCGGCCGUUGAUAACGUUGAUACCAUCGACCCUGCAAGUAUCAUUUGUGUGGACAACUCUGGGAGUAUCGUGAUGUCGGGCGACCAGUACCCAGCAAACUUAACAACAGUAACAUGCCGAGUAAAUGACACUCAACAAAAUGAAGGAUCCUGCAGUUUCACCAUCGCAGUUUCUGACAAUGAAUCUCCAAAUGUUACCUGUCCGAUGAAUGUUAGCGCAGUAGUGGAUUCUGGAUCAGCAGUUGCCACUAUCCUUUGGGUACCAACCCCAUCGGCCGUUGAUAACGUUGAUACCAUCGACCCUGCAAGUAUCAUUUGUGUGGACAACUCUGGGAGUAUCGUGAUGUCAGGCGACCAGUACCCAGCAAACUUAACAACAGUAACAUGCCGAGUAAAUGACACUCAACAAAAUGAAGGAUCCUGCAGUUUCACCAUCGCAGUUUCUGACAAUGAAUCUCCAAAUGUUACCUGUCCGAUGAAUGUUAGCGCAGUAGUGGAUUCUGGAUCAGCAGCUGCCACUAUCCUUUGGGAACCAACCCCAUCGGCCGUUGAUAAUAUUGAUACCAUCGACCCUGCAAGUAUCAUUUGUGUGGACAACUCUGGGAGUAUCGUGACGUCUGGUGGCCAGUACCCAGCAAACUUAACAACAGUAACAUGCCAAGUAAAUGACACUCAACAAAAUGAAGGAUCCUGCAGUUUCACCAUCGCAGUUUCUGACAAUGAAUCUCCAAAUGUUACCUGUCCGAUGAAUGUUAGCGCAGUAGUGGAUUCUGGAUCAGCAGCUGCCACUAUCCUUUGGGAACCAACCCCAUCGGCCGUUGAUAAUAUUGAUACCAUCGACCCUGCAAGUAUCAUUUGUGUGGACAACUCUGGGAGUAUCGUGACGUCUGGUGGCCAGUACCCAGCAACUUUAUCAACAGUAACAUGCCGAGUAAAUGACACUCAACAAAAUGAAGGAUCCUGCACUUUCACCAUCGCAGUUUCUGACAAUGAAUCUCCAAAUGUUACCUGUCCGAUGAAUGUUAGCGCAGUAGUGGAUUCUGGAUCAGCAGUUGCCACUAUCCUUUGGGAACCAACCCCAUCGGCCGUUGAUAAUAUUGAUACCAUCGACCCUGCAAGUAUCAUUUGUGUGGACAACUCUGGGAGUAUCGUGAUGUCAGGUGACCAGUACCCAGCAAACUUAACAACAGUAACAUGCCGAGUAAAUGACACUCAACAAAAUGAAGGAUCCUGUGAUUUUAGCAUCGCUGUUGUAGAUAAUGAACCCCCUACUGUCACCUGUCCAAGUCCGAACACGACUUUUGUGGACCCUAACAUGGCCGGUGCCACUGUCUUUUGGUCAACUUUGCCGACCGCCAUUGAUGUUGUUGAUCCUACGAUUGAUCCAAACACCAUUGUUUGUAAAGACAGUCCUGGCAGUGUUGUGGUGUCUGGUGGCUUUUAUCAGACUGGUGUGACAACAGUGACAUGUAAAGCUAACGAUACUGCUCUAAAUGAAGGGUUAUGUUCAUUUAUCAUCACUGUGAUUGAUAAUGAAAGCCCUACUGUCAACUGUCCAAGUCCUAACACGACUAACGUGGACUCUGGAGCGGCUGGCGCUACAGUGUUUUGGUCAUCUUCACCAACGGCUACUGAUUUUGGUGGCGUUCCUAUUGAUCCAAACACCAUUGUAUGUGAAGACAGUCCUGGCAGUGUUGUGGUGUCGGGUGGAUUUUACCAGCAUGGCUUAACAACAGUGACUUGUAAAGCUAACGAUACUUCUCUAAAUGAAGGGUCAUGUUCAUUUAUGAUCACUGUGAUUGAUAAUGAUGUUCCUGUGGUCAGCUGUCCAAAUCCGAUCAUAAAAAACGUGGACUUCAGAAGAGCUGGAGCCAGUGUCACUUGGUCACCUUCGCCGACCGCCACUGAUAUUGUUGAUGCUACAGUUAAUGCUGACAGCGUUGUUUGUGAAGACCAUCUUGGCAACGUUGUGACUUCUGGUGGAUUUUUCCAAGCCGGUGUAACAACAGUGACUUGUAGAGCUAACGAUACUAGCCUAAAUGAAGGGUCCUGUGCGUUUUUCAUCAACGUUACUGACAACGAAGCCCCAAUUGUCUCCUGUCCGGACAGCAUUCCAUCCCUAUACGUGCCAAUUGGGUCGACGGAAGGAAAUGCAACUUGGUCCUCCGCACCCACUGCCAGUGAUGUUGUUGACGCUUCUGUCAUCGCAUCCAACGUCGUAUGCAACGACGGUACCAGCAAUGUCGUUAGCUCCGGUGAUAACUACCCGCUUGGGCUUACCGAAGUGAAUUGCUCUGUUAGUGACACUGCGGCCAAUGUUGGAUCAUGCCAGUUUUACAUUACUGUUUUAGUAUGUCCAUUGAUUUGCAUGAAUGAUGGGAUACUGGAUUUGACCAUCUGCAGCUGUAACUGUGCACAAGGCUGGACCGGUGACAACUGCACAAUUUGUCCCUUGAACGGCACUAGCUGCUUUAAUGGAGGUACUUACAACGUGUUGACUUGUGGAUGUACGUGCCCUGCCGGUCUGAACACCUUAACAUGUGAAGACACUGAGGCGCCAGUGGUCACAGUACCGAAUGACGUACCCGGUACCAACGUUGAACCAGGAACACCAGAUGCUGUCGUUGUGUGGGCACCAGCACCAUCGGCUUUCGACACCUUCGAAGGCUCUGUUGGUGCAGCGGCAAUCCAAUGCCAGGAUCAGACCGGUAGGGCUGUCACGUCGGCUUCUAGAUUUCCGGUAGGCCUGACUACGGUAACCUGUACAGCUAGCGAUUCUUCACUGAAUGAAGGAUCAAACCAGUUCAACAUCACAGUCAUUGACAAUGAAGCUCCUAUUAUUACAACACCGUCCGAUGUUCUAUCGAUCAAUGUUGAAACCAACAUGGCCUCUGUUGUAGUCAAUUGGUCACCAGCACCCUCUGCAGAAGAUACAGUUGAAGGAGUCAUCACUGCCAUCGCAUGCCAGAAUCAACUUGGCGCUGUUGUAGCAUCCGGGGAUAGAUAUCCAGUGGGUACAACAACGGUGAACUGCACAGCCUCAGAUUCGGUCCCCAACACCGCAACAAAGCAGUUUACAAUCACAGUUGUGGACAAUGAACCUCCAACUGUCACUUGUCCUACCCCUGGCCCUGUCACAUUUGUUGAGACCGGAGUGACAAGUGCCAUUGUCAGUUGGACCCAGUUGCCUACUGCUAAUGAUGUUGUCGAUGGCCCAAUCCUUGCCGCAAACAUCAUUUGCGAGAACACCGCCCUCGUUGCUGUGACAUCAGGCAGUAGCUAUCCCAUCGGCACGACAACAGUCACGUGCAAAGCCAGUGAUGCUGCUUUGAAUGAAGGAGUGUGUUCUUUUGAUGUCGCUGUUGAAGUGUGUGGUUUGAACUGUAUGAAUAGUGGAGCUGUGGACUUGACGAACUGCAGUUGUAACUGUGUACAAGGUUGGACCGGGGACACCUGCACUGUCUGUCCAUUGGAUAGUGUCUCAUGUGUGAAUGGAGGAACAUUCAAUAAUGUCACCUGUGAAUGUAUUUGUUCUACUGGGCUGUCAGCGCCAACAUGUGAAGAUAUUGAAGCUCCAGUUGUCACUGCGCCCAACAACAUUCGUGCAAGGAACGUCGACUCUGGUUCAGCAACUGCUACUGUCACUUGGUCACCACUGUUGCCAUCAGCCUAUGACUCUUUCCAGGGUGUGAUCGAUUCAACGACCAUCAUAUGUAGGACAGCCGAUGCUACGGUUGUCGUUUCAGGAUCAGCAUUCCCUGUUGGUACAUCAUUAGUGACUUGCACAGCUACAGAUGCAUCUGGGAACGAAGGAAUGGACCAGUUUACAAUCAUGGUUGUCGACAACGAAGGACCUGUUAUCACCACACCAACUAGUGUUCCAGGUAUCAACGUUGAGCGUGGCAUGCCUGAUGUUGUCGUCAAUUGGUCCCCAAUGCCCUCUGCUACUGAUUCUGUCGAUGGCCCUAUACUUAGCGCUGAGAUCAGAUGUGAGGAUGACGCAGGCAAUGUUGUGAUGUCAGGUGACAGGUUUAGAGCGGGAACAACAACGGUGACAUGCAAAGCAAAUGAUACAUCUCUCAAUGAAGGAUCUGCUCAGUUCACCAUUAUCGUUAUCGACAAUGAGGCACCUGACGUCACCUGUUCAGCCGACUUCCCGUCAGUGUUUGUGAAUCCAUUAGAUGGUAGUACACCUGUGACUUGGUCACUGAUACCAUUCGCUGACGAUAUCGUCGAUGGUCCUAUCUCUGUCACCACAUGUACUGACAUUUCUGGCAAUAUAGUGUCAUCGGGUGACUCCUUCUCUCUGGGCACAACAACAGUGACGUGUAGAGCCAAUGAUACCUCAAUGAAUGAAGGGACAUGUUCAUUUGACAUAACUGUUGCAGUGUGUUCUUUGAUUUGUACGAAUGGAGGUACUUUGGAACUAGCAACUUGCACUUGCAACUGUGCACAAGGCUGGACAGGGUCUGAUUGCUCAGCUUGUCCAUUGAAUGGUGGUAGCUGUUUGAAUGGUGGGACGUACGACGGGCCAAACUGCGGGUGUAUAUGCCCAGAUCCAGCGCUCGAUGUCACAUGUGCAGACAUUGUUGGACCAAUCGUCAGCGUUCCACCGGACAUUUCCGGGGUAAAUGUUGAUGCUGGACGGCCGGAUGCAGUUGUUGAUUGGAUUGUUACGCCCACCGCCAACGAUGCCUGGGAAGGUACUAUUCUGGCCAGCACAAUUGAUUGUACGGACCAGGCAGGCAACAUUGUGACAACCUUGGGUCGGUACCAAGUAGGUGUAACAACAGUGACUUGUAUCGCUACAGAUUCCUCAGGCAAUGAAGGAUCAAGUUCUUUCAACAUCACAGUAAUCGACAAUGAGCCCCCAAUCAUCAGCACCCCGGCCAAUGUUACAACGAACGUUACUUCUGGCACAACAACUGCGACGGUCAAUUGGUCACCAGAGCCAUCGGCUAUCGACGCUGUUAGUGGUGCUGUUAAUUCAGAAGACAUCGUCUGCAGAGACCAACUCAACAACGUCGUGGUGUCCGGUGACAGUUACCCAGUAGGCACGACAACAGUGACGUGCAGUGCCAGUGAUGCGGCACAAAAUGAAGGAUCGAACCAGUUUGUUAUUACAAUCUUAGACAAUGACCCGCCUGUUCUCACGUGUCCAGAAGUUGUCCCGGGAUUCUUUGUAGCAAUUGGAACACCGAGUACCCUCGUCCCCUGGGUACCGUCCGUUUCUGCCGUUGAUGUAGUUGAGGGUGUCAUCGGCGAUAACCUUAUUUUAUGCAGUGACGGAGCCGGAAGCGUGACAUCUGGAACCCCGUUCCCGGUCGGCGAAUCGAUUGUAUUCUGCCGAGCCUCGGACAGUGAACUAAAUGAAGGGCUUUGUUCAUUUCAGAUUACAGUUCAAGAAUGCCCAUUGAGCUGUAUGAAUAAUGGAAUACUGGAUUUGACUGUUUGCAAUUGUGACUGUGCACAAGGCUGGAUUGGAGACAACUGCACCGCCUGUCCGUUGAAUGGUGGUAGCUGUUUGAAUGGUGGGACGUACGACUCGCCAAGCUGCGGAUGUAUAUGCCCAGAUCCGGCGCUCAGUGCCACAUGUGCAGAUAUUCAACCGCCAGUUCUGACCCUACCUAACGAUGUCCCCGGGCAGCCUGUAGACGCUGGACGACCUGACGCUGUCGUCGCUUGGUCGUCCUUACCAACAGCAGUGGAUGCCUGGGAGAGUACUCUCAAUCUGAUCGUAGUGUGUGAGGACCAAGCAGGCAACGUGGUGACGUCUGGAGAUCGAUACCCUGUAGGGUUGACCACAGUCACCUGUAGAGCAAAUGAUACUUCAAUGAAUGAAGCCUCUGACCAGUUUACCAUCACGGUCAUCGACAAUGAGGGUCCAGUUAUCACCGUUCCAAGUAGCAUCCCCUCUAUCAACGUUGACUCAGGGUUUGCCGAUGCUGCCGUCACAUGGUCGCCGCCACAACCAUCAGCAACAGACAAUGCGGAGGGACCAAUUACUCCCGUCGUGUGCACAGACGGUGCAGGUAAUGUUGUCUCAUCAGGAGAUACUUUCGCGGUCGGCUUGACGACGGUGACAUGCAGAGCUAGCGACUCCAGGGGAAAUGCAGGGAUGGCACAGUUUACCAUCACAGUUGUCGACAAUGAAGGACCAGUGCUGACUAUUCCAGCAAGUGUUCCAGGCCAAAAUGUAGACACUGGCAGGCGAGAUGCUGUAGUAGCCUGGUCCCUCACGCCAUCAGCCAAUGAUGUGGUUGAAGGGGCUACUGCUGUUGUGUGUACCGACAGCUUAACAGGCCAGGUGGUGACGUCAGGUGCCAGAUAUCCAGUGGGAGUAACAGUAGUGACUUGCACUUCCUCAGAUUCUGUGCCUAAUACGAGUACAGGACAGUUCAGUAUCACAAUCAUAGACAACGAACCACCAGUCUUUAUCACUCCAAACAAUGUCUCGUCAGCUUCUGUUGAUGCUGGAAGGGCAGACAGCAUCAUAGUCUGGGCACCCCCUCUGUCGGCCACCGAUAUCGUCGAUGGCCUAAUCCCUUCUACCAGUAUAACAUGUGUUGAUGAUUUGGGUGUUAGCGUAGCAUCAGGCGAUCGGUACGCUGUGGGCGUAACAACGGUGUACUGUAGUGUCAGGGAUGCUGCGCUAAACCUACAAACCACACAGUUCGUCAUCACAGUCCUUGAUACUGAACCACCGAGUGUCACUUGUCCGAUCAACGUGUCGUCCGUGUUUGUUUUACCGGGGGUGACAUCGGCUAUCGUCACAUGGUCACAAGCGCCAUCAGCCAUUGAUGUGGUGGAUACCCUCAUACCAGCCGAAGCAAUCCAAUGCGCUGAUGAUAUUGGCACUGCCGUGACGACAGGCCAGGGUUAUCCCGUCGGCACGACAACUGUGACAUGCACUGCUACAGACUCGGCAUCGAAUCCCGGAACCUGUCAGUUUACCAUCACCGUUGAAGUCUGUACCCUGACUUGUGAAAACGGAGGCAGCCUGAACACUGAAACUUGUUCCUGUACUUGUGCACAAGAAUACACCGGAACAAACUGCUCAGUGUGUGCUGCGACUUGUUUGAACGGUGCCACCCAGGAUGGUGCGUGUGGAUGCAGCUGUGCACAAAGCUGGACCGGUGGCGUCUGCUCAGUUUGCCCUUUGGACUCUGGGAGCUGUCUAAAUGGUGGUACGUUUGACGCACCGAUGUGUGAGUGUGUUUGCCUCCCAGGCAUCUUUGGUGCAACAUGCCAAGAAGCUGAUCCCUGUCUGACAAGCCCGUGUACUGGUGUUGGAGAAUACUGUAAGCCCGAUCCUUAUACCGCUGCAAAUGGCUAUACUUGUGAAUGCCGGCUUCUCGACGGUUACUCAAAAGUUGGAAACGCUUGUGUGGCUAGAAGAUCAAUAACAAUUGUAUUACGCGUUCUGGGGGUCAACGGAAUUGCCGUCACAUUCCUUCCGAUUUACGCCAAUCCGCAUGCUGCAUCGACCCGAACGCUCCUGCUCAUCAUAUCUGAUGUGAUCUCUUUCCAUCUCAGGAGAGAUCUAACCGUCUCAGAUUUCAUGUUUUCGUCUGGGAUUGCUUUGAGUGAGGGUAGUCUCAUUGCCACUACCGUCUUGUCGCUCCCAAGUACUUCUACGACCACCCCGGAAAUGGUCAUGGAGGUCUUGAACAACGACAUCACCGAAAGCUCAGUGGGAGCCCUAAGUGAUGGUGAAUACACCCUGAAUGUUGAUCCGAACGUGGCUGCUAAAGAGUCAACGACAAGCUGUUCAGCUAGUUUUUGCCAAAAUGGAGGUCUCUGCAACGGACCGUUAGGAACCUAUCCAACUUUGACGUAUACUUGCAGUUGUCUGGAAGGGUUUACAGGAACAAAUUGUGAAACGCUAAUUGUUGAAGCUACAACAGCAGGAGCUACAGCAGCACCUUCUAUUGGUGGGUUGUCCACGCUAGCUAUCGUGCUGAUAGUUGUAGGUAUUAUAGCCCUCGUCUUGAUGUUCCUUGGUAUCUGUAUGUGUCUGUGCAUCAUCGGGAGAAGACGCUACGAGGCAGGCCAGAGGUACGACAGCAGGAGACAGCAAGUCUACAAAGACCAACAGAGGAGGAUGGCCUAUGGAAGACGCAGCUUUGGACUGGAUGAAUACGACAAUGGUCAUACACCGGGAUCGGCUGGAACCCUGUACAAUGGCUCUGACAUGGAAGACAGGAGAAUGGGUCGUCUGGCUCAAGUCUUGGCUAGAUCUCCUUACAUGCAACAGAGUGCCCAAUCAAGGGAGUUUGUGAGACCCUAUGUAGCGACUGGAUUGGAGGCUAUGUAUUAUGACCAACAGUGGGUAAAUGAGGAGGAGCCUCCCUUUGACGAAGGCCGUUUACCAACGAGGGUCGCCAGGAAUCCAUUGGCACAAUAAACUCUCCAUGAGCAGCAACUCCCAAAUUGUGAAAUGAGUGUUGAACUCCAAUACUUCAAGUAGUAUGUAGAACUUUAUUAUUAGGCAUAUAUUUUUUUAUUAAAGCAGAUAUAUUUAACCUGGAUAUAUUUUAUUAUUA